AUGGCCGCUCAUGCUGCUGCCGCUGCUCAGCGCACCAACAGUGGGCUCACUACUCAGCGUACCAAUAGUGGGCUGUACGGAUAUGCAGGCUAUGGCGCCCCAGAUUUGGAGCAGGGAAAGCAAUUUAGCAACUUGACGAGCAACCCCGACCAUCUCAUCCCACCAACCGACAAGCUCCUCAUCUUCCGUGCCUUGACGGGUAUCGAUAGUGUUCCUGCUCUCACUCAAGGCGGACAUCUUCUCCGAACCGCACCCAAUGUCGGCAUCUAUACUCGUGUUGUGACCAACGAGGCUAAAUCUCGCCGUGCCUACACCUUCUUCAAUUACCUCAUUAAUAUCUGUCUGGGCAUUCAAAUCGUUGUGGCGGCGGCAUUGACAGCCCUCGGCGCUGCCAGUGGUCCCCACUCCGCCAUCACAGCCUUCGGCGCCAUCAACACCAUCAUGGCCGGUGUAUUGACCUACUUGCGUGGCUCGGGCCUUCCAGAUCGCCUGAAGAGCUACCAAAACAAAUGGAAGAAUAUACGAGAAUAUAUUGAACAGCGCGAACGCGAGUUCUGUUUGGUGGGCUGCGAUCUAGACGUGCAAGAGGAAGUCUUUAUCGUGGAGAGCAUGUACCAGAAUGUCAAGUCGGAAAUGGAAUCGACUAAGAGCAGCGGUGAAUCCAGACAGCAACAACCCGAUGACCCUCGAAUUCGUCGCUCGCUUCUACCCACUUCCAAUCACCUCAGUGGUGGUCACCGGAAUACUGCAGCGCCCGCUCGACGGUCCGAUGCACAGACAAUUGGUGCUCAUUCUGGAGAAGGAGACGUCAGCCCUAUCACUAUUCCGGAGCAGGCAGUUGAGAAGCACUGA